AUGAGCGGCAAGGGAGUGACUCAAGAGUUGGAGGAAUACCAGAGAGACAAAUCGGAAUACGCCUCUGUUCUCAAAAAGAUUAGUGAUUUGGAGUUGAGCGUUGCUGAAAACAAAGAUGUGAUUGAAACACUUACUGGAAUGGAGGCAAGCCGCCGUUGCUACCGUGUUGUAGAUUCGAUUCUGGUUGAGCGAAAUGUGGGUGAAGUGAAGGAAGCUCUCGAGGUAGAGAAGAAUAAUAUGAUGGUUUUGAUGGGACAGUUGAAUACUCGCAGUCGCGAGCUUGAAAAGAAGAUCACAGCUUUUGAAACCAAAUAUGGAAACCCUCAAACUGCGGAAAAGGCAUAA